GGUAGUGGGGCUCAGCACAGGCAGGCAAAGAACGGAUGGGGCCCAUCCGAUGAGAACCUGCACUGAGGAUUAUAUCCUAAGCAGAUACCCCCUUCCGACCCGGGGAUGUAGUGCUUUGAAACUAGAAAAUGCCUGGUCUGAAAGAGAGGAAAGAACAAGUCCAGCAAUACACAGGGCUCUGUGUAUUCAGAGGGAAGUUGGCAGGGUUGUGUUCGGGCAGAGAAACUCCGAGUGGUACAAAGGGACGUGCCCAGAGUGGAGAAAUCAUGCUAAUUGUGUGCGCCGGAGCUGGAGAACGCCACCCAAAAUGAAGAGAGAAAGGGGAGCCCCAUCCAGAGCCUUCAGUGCCUUGAGCCUCACUCCUUUUGUCUACCUUCUUCUGAUCCACACAGAGCCGCUGGAGGGGGUGAACAUCACCAGCCCGGUGCGCCUGAUCCAUGGCACAGUGGGGAAGUCAGCCCUGCUCUCCGUGCAGUAUAGCAGCACGAGCAGUGACAAGCCCGUGGUGAAGUGGCAGCUGAAGCGGGACAAGCCAGUGACCGUGGUACAGUCCAUUGGCACAGAGGUCAUUGGCACCUUACGGCCUGACUACCGAGACCGCAUCCGCCUCUUCGAAAAUGGCUCCCUGCUUCUCAGUGACCUGCAGCUGGCCGACGAGGGCACCUAUGAGGUUGAGAUCUCCAUCACGGAUGACACGUUCACCGGGGAGAAGACCAUCAACCUCACUGUGGAUGUGCCCAUUUCCAGGCCACAGGUGUUAGUGGCUUCCACCACUGUGCUGGAGCUCAGCGAGGCCUUCACCCUGAACUGCUCGCACGAGAACGGCACCAAGCCCAGCUACACCUGGCUGAAGGAUGGCAAACCUCUCCUCAAUGACUCGAGAAUGCUCCUGUCCCCUGACCACAAGGUGCUCACCAUCACCCGCGUGCUCAUGGAGGAUGAUGACCUGUACAGCUGUGUGGUGGAGAACCCCAUCAGCGAGGGCCGCAGCCUGCCCAUCAAGAUCACCGUGUACAGAAGAAGCUCCCUCUACAUCAUCUUGUCCACAGGAGGCAUCUUCCUCCUUGUGACCUUGGUGACAGUCUGUGCCUGCUGGAAACCCUCCAAAAAGUCUGGGAAGAAGAGGAAGCUGGAGAAGCAGAGCUCCCUGGAAUAUAUGGACCAGAACGACGACCGUCUGAAACCAGAAGGUGAGCUCCCAGCCACCCACUCACCCAUCCCAUCGGCACUCAGAUCAGUGGGCUGCUGGGAAAAGGCAGAAGUGGGCCGCAAGGAAGCCAGCUGUGCAGGGCCCCUUCCUCCACCAAGUGCACGAAGACUGCAGAGCAGGGAGACGUGCAGCCAAGCGGAUACCCUCCCACGGGGCGGCGAGCAGGAGCGGAAGAACCCCAUGGCUCUGUAUAUCCUGAAAGACAAGGACUCCCCGGAGCCCGAGGAGAACCCCGCCCCGGAGCCUCGGAGCACCACUGAGCCCGGCCCGCCGGGCUACUCCGUGUCGCCGGGAGUACCCGGCCGCUCGCCGGGGCUGCCCAUCCGCUCGGCCCGCCGCUACCCGCGCUCCCCCGCGCGCUCCCCAGCCACCGGCCGGACACACACGUCGCCACCCCGGGCCCCGAGCUCGCCCGGCCGCUCGCGCAGCGCCUCGCGCACACUGCGGACUGCGGGCGUGCACCUGAUCCGCGAGCAAGACGAGGCCAGCCCUGUGGAGAUCAGCGCCUGAGCCUCCUCGGCACCCCCGGGGUGGGGGCGCGCCCUGCAAAGAGGCGGGUGCCCAGGGAAGGCUGGGGGGGGGGGCGCGACCAGGAGCCGCCAGGAGCCAGGGGAGGUCCCCGCGAGGGCGCGGGGGUCUCGUGUGGGGGCCAGUCUAAGCAUGGGGACGCAGUGGGGCAGCCAGGAGUGUCUCAAGUGGUGAAACCGGGUGGCGUUUGCUCCUGGUUUCACCGGCUGUGUUCUCAGUGGGUAUGGGCUGUGCCCUUUUAGGACCAUAUAGAUUAUUAAAUUUCUGGCCCAAUCCCCCAAGAGUCUUAUGGAAACUAACAUCAGUAACCUAACCCCCAUGACUCUCCUGUGCCCUUCCUACCGAGCUCUGUGCUCCCACCCACCUUCCUCCCCUCUGAGCAAACGCCUGUUCCCGGGACACUUUCUUGGUAAGCUCGGAUUAGAGAGGCCACUUACCCAAAAGGAACAACUGUCCUAAACUUGCCAGUUAGUGGGUGCGCAGAGGACAGUUCUGAGCAUCCGGGGAAUUAUUGUGAAGACAGUGCCUUAUAGCACCCUGCUCCGGGCAUCUGGUACCUGGGUGCGCAUCAGUUGGUGAGGCAGGAGUCAAAUUCAUUCCUUUGACCCCUGACCUGCACCCUAGCAAGGGCAAAGGAUUCAAGCCUCCAGAGCUUGGCCUCCUCCCAAAGCCUCCAUCAGUGGCUACCAAGCAUUCUUUCCUUCUCUAUUCCUGUAGAGAAGGAGGUUCUCACUCCCGUGACCAGAAAGCUAGAUUAAGUGAAGAAA